UCCGUUCCUGCAGUGUUGAAUGUUAAUAUUUACUAAAACAUCCGACCACUAACUAGAUACAAUUACUGUCUCACACUACAUUGGACACCAUGCUAGUGCUGUUGCUUUUGAUUCACACAGUGUUAGCCAAAGAAUUUUCAGAUACCCAAGACCACCCGAUAUUCAGAAACGUAAGCUCAUGUCCAGAAGUUGGAUAUUUCUUGAGUAGUGGAGCAGGGGAGAACAUCAGAGGAAAGCAGUGCCACCUUUGCUUCUGUCAGAACAAUGGAGUAGCUGUGUGCUGGAAACAUCAAAAUUCAAGAUGCGAUGCAAAGACCUACGUGCACGAUAAAAAAAUAAGGCCACGAAGAAGUCCGGGCUUUGCAGACCUGUUCUUCAAGGACGCAGCACGUGAUAUGUUUCAGAAGCAGACGCCCGAGGAAUGCAAGCCUUUUCAGGGAAGCUACAGCAUCGGCUGUCCGCCAGCGGACUGGUGUAUCGGGUGUACCGUGUGCGACUGCAACGCUAACGGCAGGUGGGACUGUCACGUCCUCAGCUUCUGUCCCGGUGACAAACGCAAGAAAAGCAGUAAGAAAAGGAGGACAGUAAUUAACGAGAUGAAAAUGAAACCUCCGUUGCAUUAUUCAACACCGACUCCAAAACCAACAACCAAGAGAACCCCACCAACAAAACCGACUACGAAAAGAGCAAUGCAAACUAAACGACAGGCUCGAAAAUAUAUGACAGUUCAGUCGAAAAUGAAGGGGACAGCACCAACGAAAUCAACACCUAGAAAAACUACGCCAAUUCAGUCAAAAGUUACUAUGCGAAAAAAACCAACAACUAGAAGAUCGACGACGACAAACCAACCAAAAACCAAAAGAACUGUUUUAACGAAACCAACGAUCAACAAAACUGUACAAACAAAACCAGCAGUCAAGAAAAACAUGGACACAAAAUCGACAGUAAAGAAAACAAUGGCAUCGAAACAGGCAAUCACUAGAACUGCAACACAGAAACCAGUAAAAAAUACCACCAUUAAUAAACUUAACAAGGUUCGGCAAAUUAAUGUAAAGCUACAGAACCUCAAUACAACAAAAAUAAAAACCAACCAAAUGAUGAGAAUAAACACUAAACAACGGAAGGACACGGUGAACAAUUCGCUCUCAAAAAAGCCGGUCAAUUCAGCUAAACCUGUUCAGAAAAAAACUCUAACGGCAAAUGUAAAUCCCGCAAUGAAAAGUUUUCAAAAAGUUACAAAAAAACCGAUGAAGAAUAAUGUUAAUAAUACCAAAACAGUAACCAAUACAAUGAUUUCGGUGAAAAAUAUCUCCAGUAAAAUUAUGAAGUCCAGUGAAAAAAUUAUAAACGAGAAACAGAAAAGUGUAUCAAAACUAAUCAAGAUAAGUGAUAAAGACGUACAACCAAAAAAUAAAAUAAUUAAUAAUUUUAGGUCCGAGCCUCAAAGAAACGUUACUGUUAUUGAAACGACAAAUAAAAUUAAAGAAAAGAUAGUAUCGAACAAAAAGUAUGGAAUGGCUUCCAAAAGAUUGAAUCGAAAAAAACGUUAUACAAAUCUUUUAUUGAAGACAAAUAAAUAA